ACAUCGGACAAUGGCAUCGGCAGCUCCCCAACAAGCAUCCGCCUCGCCGUUGCCAGCAUGGAUCGCAGACAAGAACUACCAGCCCCCACCAGGCACCUUGGGCAACCUCACGAUGACCCAACUGCACUGCCUGGACAAGCUCAAGAAGGAACUCAAGGAGGAAGGAAAAUUCGUCGAGGAGAGGAUGGACGAUCCUACGCUUCUCAGAUUCUGCAGGGCUCGCAAGUUUGAUUACCCCGCCGUCAAGACGAUGCUUCUCGAUUUCGAGCAGUGGAGGAAGGACUUUGGCGUCGACGAGCUUACAAAGAACUUUGACUUUAAGGAGAAGGAAGAGGUCAACAAGUACUAUCCUCAAUACUAUCACAAGACAGACAAGGACGGCCGCCCAAUCUAUAUCGAGCAACUCGGCAAACUCGACAUCAACGCGCUCUACAAAAUCACAACCCCCGAACGGCAAAUCCAACGUCUAGUCUACGAGUACGAAAAAUCCCUCUCAACUCGCGUCAAAGUAUGCUCCUACACCGCCAAACACCCCGUCGAAACCUUUUGCACAAUCCUCGAUCUCGGUGGCGUAUCCCUUGCCAGCUUUGCCCGCGUACGCGAUUUCGUGUCUCAAGCAGCAUCAAUCGGUCAGAACAGGUACCCUGAAACGAUGGGUAAAUUCUACAUUAUCAAUGCGCCCUGGGCGUUUACGAUGGUGUGGGCUGUGAUCAAGCCGUGGUUGGACCCCGUCACCGUCGCCAAGAUCCAGAUCCUUGGAAGCUCAUAUAGGGACGAGCUGCUCAAGCAAAUCCCAAUUGAGAACCUUCCCAAGGAAUUCGGCGGACUCUGCGAUUGCCCAGGUGGUUGUUCGCUGUCUGAUGCUGGUCCCUGGAAUGAUCAGAACGUGGACGAUGUCUUGGCCGCUUUCGAGAAGCUGGUCAAUGGACAGACGGAAGAGAAGGAGGGUGAAGAGAAGAAGGAAGGGGAGGCGCCUGCGGCUGCGGCUGCGUAAACAUAAUUCGUAUAUUCUUCUUGGUUUCGAUUUUUCCUUAAUAAUUUUUGAUUCGUUCGAUCCGUUUAGAUCUAUGUUUAUGGAUGCUACCUGCAUCCUUGCGUACACGUUAUAAUAAUACCCGGGUUUGC